AACGCGGUGAGAUCUGCAUAUUUGCAUCGGCCCUGUACGCAGGUCUUGGCUUUGCUAUUUUUCCUGUUGGUGGAAUUGUUUACAUUCCAUUUGCUCGAAUGCCGGGUACUAUGCAAUAUAAAGCAGCUGGUGGUGUCUUGCCCAUAAUGACCUACGCCGGUUCACAGACAAGAAUCCCCAGCAGUCACUAUGAAGCUCUCUCUCCUUUCCGUAUUCUUGACCUCCGCUCUCGCCCUUCCAUCACCCCUCUCAUCGAGAAAUGAUAUACCUCCAUUCUUCCUCCUAGCUGGCGACAGCACCACCGCCGUCCAAUCCAGCGGUGGAGGCGGCUGGGGCGAUGGCUUCAUCAACACGACACUUCAUGACGGAGCGAAAGGUAUAAACUACGGCCACAACGGAGCCACAACCGUCAGUUUCCGAUCCGGAGGUGACUGGGCCACUGUCCUCUCUAAAGUGGAAGAAUACAAGUCCGACUACCGAGCUUUUGUGACCAUCCAAUUUGGCCACAACGACCAGAAGGCCUCCGCGAACAUCUCUAUAGCUGAAUACACCAGUAAUCUGGAGCAAUUCGCAAAAGAUGUCAAGAAUGCAGGAGGCACACCUAUCCUGGUGACGCCCUUGUCUCGUCGCAACUAUGAUAAUUCUACUGGGACGCCUCUCGUAAUUGAGAAUUUGGCGGACCAGCGAGCGGCGACUAUUGAAGCGGCGAAGAAUACCGACACGUCUUAUAUCGAUUUGAACAAGGCCAGUACGGACUACUUGAAUAGUAUUGGGCCGGCAGAUGCGUAUACGUACAACUUGGCGUCGGAUGAUUAUACACAUUUGAACGACGAGGGGAGCAUAGUGUUUGGGGGAAUGGUGGCUUCGUUGAUUGAUCAAGUUUUUGCAGAGCUGAAGGAUGAUGGCUAUGUUAAGGUGAAUGCGAAGCUUCUGACUGCGUUGGAGGAGGAAGAGUACUAUUGGCCUUGA